CAGGUCGGAUCGCUCGCGUUCGUGGGCCCACUACAGCAUGCUGCCUUUACUCGUUCCCAGUAUGUUGAGGUGACGAGGCUGCACGACGACACCGCAACGGUAAACGUCGCCGGCCCGGAUCCCCCACGGCUGGCCAGGACAGCCAAAGUCCCGUCAAGCGUCAUU